AUGAGCAGCCAAGAGCUGCGUCGUCAGCUGGAAUCGCUGCAAGAAGCCACGGUCGCCUCCCCCCAGCUCUUUGAGGCGUCAGAGAUUGACGAAGAGAUGGGAAAAGCUGCGCUGAUUUCAAGACUGCAGGCGUCUGAGGAAGCACGGCUUCAGGAGACUCGGGGCCGGGAACUCGCUGAAGCCAAGUGCGCCCUGGUGGAGCAACGCUGCCGGGAUGCAGUGGCCAGACUAGAAGCUGAGCUAUUGGAAGCUCGCGCUGGCCAGAUGGACCCGACCAGCAGUGGCUAUGGAGCCGGAAAGGAUCCCACGGUCAACGGCGAAAGUUCAUCACCGCUGAAAGAAGAGGUGCAAGCUCUUACUGAGCAGAUGGACUUCGAGCGAAAAGUGCAUGACCACCGUCGAGCCUUGUUGGAGCGCUACAGAUUGCCUGGCAAGGUGGAGAUGGUGGAUCGAUUUGAGGAUGGACAGCUACCAUGCUAUCAGGAGCCAAAGCCGCUUCCGGAAGUGCCGGUGAACAAAAGUUCCAUCGCAAGGUCCUUCGAAGCACCAAGAAGUACAAUGGCAACAGAUGAUGAGGACUACAACUGGGAAGGCUACCUGGAGCGUCCUAGCCAUGACGGCAGCUUUGAGAAGGUCUUCGUGGAGAUACGCAAUGGACAGUUUCAGGUGCUGCACAACCGGGGCUCCCAAAGUUUGUUGAGUGGGUAUCCAUUGAGCUCUAUGGCUGGGGCCGCUACAAUCACCAGCAGAUGUGCAAGAAGCUUCGAGGUUGAAUGGCCUGGCAAAACGGAAUCCUUCCGUUGCGUUUCAGAACGCCGCGCUGCUCAAUGGGUGGAGGCCAUCAACAGCGCCUGGCACCAUGCUGCGCCCAAAAGUCGAAUCACCGGCCGGCGCGUCAAAGCUUAA